UUUCGAGAGAAGACGUCGAACCACAUCAACAUGGAGAUCCAGGUUGUCUUUGUCGCUAUCUUCGUGCUAGUUGCAGCUGUUGCCUUUCCCCACCACAGAAACCAUGACCACGGACACGAACAUGUAGGGGACCACGACCACGGGUUCCACGUGGAGUCCAAGGAGGACUACUACGACCCUCACCCCAAGUACAAGUUCGAGUACGGCGUCCACGACAGCCACACCGGCGACAUCAAGAGCCACAAGGAGGAGCGCGACGGGGAUGUGGUGCACGGCAGCUACGAGCUGGUGGAGGCGGACGGUUCCAAGCGCGUCGUCCACUACACAGCUGACCACCACACUGGCUUUAACGCCGUCGUCCACCGGGAACACAACGUCCAUCCUCAACAUUACCAUCAUCAUCACGAGGAACAUGCGCCAGCUCAUCUCUUAAAUUCACAUCACUAUUAG